UGCCCACCCACCCUAGCUUUUUAGUGGAAGAUCAUUCUAGUUGGUAGCGCGCUCACCUGAUGAUGUCGCCGUGGGUGCGUUCGUGUUGCUUAGCUUCUCUGGCACUGGCCGUUUGGGCUGUUUUCACAGUGGAGAAGCCACCGGCCGCGUCUAAUGCAAGUGCGACGUAGUCGACCUGACCUGAUCAAAGAACACAAUGGUUAUAAAAACCCGGAGAGCCCAGGCUGGCUGAUUCGGGCUUUUGCUUGUUAUCCUCUAGUAUCACAAUUCUCUGCUAGAUAAAAGAACCCCUGCCAGCUAUUGACUUCCUUGAACUUUCUCUCUUUCUCUUGAAAGUGUCUUUCAUCGCUCUUUCACCGCUGUACAUACUUUCUUUGCCCUUUUUCUGAACUCCACAAUGUAUGCCAUGUCUGCAAUGAGUCCUUCUAUGCAUGAAUGUCCACCAAUGGAACACUCGUACUCGACCAGCAGUGAAGAGUCGAUGCCUUCGACUCUGGGAUACAUGGGCCAUCCAUCAUUGUAUGGGAUGGUAGGCACGGAGAUGUCAUUUGCGCCGCCCACCUUCGAGCCCUCAUCAUACGACUCGACUCCCUUCAGUUCCCCCCAGACUGUUGCCUCCUCAACUUUCGACAUGUACUACCCUUGCAACAAUACCAACACCUUCACGGCCUCGCCGAUGGUCUACUCACCCGAAGCCUACUCGUUCCACCAGCUUCCAGUUCAACCGUCUUCCUUUCCGGUGCCCAAUAUAGAGUGGAUCCCCACCCAAUCCAGCCCGAAUCCGGAAAUUGUUUACUCGCCCGUUGAAAGUUACGAGACCCUCGACGCGUCCAAACCCGUCAAGCCCUAUACCUGCCAGGACUGCAACAAGGCGUUUACCCGGCCUGCCGAUCUCAAACGCCAUCAGACCAGCGUCCACAAUCCUGUCUUCCAGGACUGUCCUGUACAGGAAUGUCUCCGCAAGGAUGGCAAUGGCUUUCCGCGUCGAGACCAUCUGAUUGAGCAUUUGCGCUCCUUCCACCACUGGGACGUCCCCAAGCGGCGAGCAGCCAAGCGGGCCAAGACAGCUUAGAGGGAUGUCUUCCUGUCUGCCUAGCCAUGCCUAGCCUUGCCUGCCCUGCUUUGUGUCUGUCUGUGUGUGUGUGUGUUAUGAAUAGAGAUACCCUUUUCCUUUGUCUUGAUGUUUAUGUAUCAUGAUGUCCUUAUGUCCCCUUCCUAUGUUCUGUCAUGUUUUCUCUUUUUUUUUUUCAAUGUCGUUUUUAUGUGAUGUCUACAUGAUGCAACCUUCCAAUAGAGUGACAAAGGUUGGUCGGAGGGGUAGGCGUUCAGGGUCGAGGCUGGGUUGCAUGUACAGUGAAACUGUAUUGGACUUGGUGUUAUCUAUUGAGGCUCCCUUGGUUUAUUGAUUUGUGCUUGUUUCUUUUCCAUUAUCCUUUUGGUUUGUUUCUGUUCCCUUACAUAAUUGAAGAUAUAAAUCAUACCUUAUAAUUCGAC